AUGAAGUCUGCAGCGGCGCCCAAGCCCGGCCAAGGCGGGUUCCCCCCGAGCAAUCAGUCUAUUCUUCUGGAUAAGCUUCACGUCCGUCGUUCAACACCAGACUCUGAGGCUCUUGCCAGCUCUGAUGACGAAGCCGAUGCUCAUCAACGUCAAGACACUGCUCACACUGGGGCUCACCAUCAGAAACCUGUGCGCCGAGCCUCUUGGCUGAACGAUACCUCACAAAGCAUGCCGCAGCCCAGAAAGUCAUCUUUCGCCAGCAGCACCAUGUCUCCCACAGCGUCCCACCCCAGCACACCAUCGGCCGAGUCUGGUGCUGGCGUUUGGGGUGCGCAUCCUGCUCACAACGCUGCUGUGGGUCGAGCUCACCAACCGUCAACUUUCCCUUGGGGCACUGGCAUCUGGAACACAGACCGCAGCAAGGAGCCACCGUCAAGAUUGAGCGAAGUUCUACAGUCGCCCACCUCGACUGGUCCUCCCGGCCUAAGCACUGCUGGUUCAUUUGGAGGUGAUAACUCGUUUUCACAGACAUCACCAGGCCCUCGGGACCUCGGACCCAACCCGCAAAUUCCAUUCGCAAUACCCCUUCAUCCAACCCCCAAGACCUAUCGCUCUCAGUCUUACUCGGUUGGGCAGCUCGAGCCAGACGCUAACAACCCUUCUAUGCCCCCGUCGUCUCUUAUGGCGGGUCGUGGAAGGGCUAUUGGCCCAUCGGGACUGCAGCACCGGCCUUCGCGCCCGAGCAUGUUAAGUGAGAUGUCGAAUGACGGCAUGCUGGGCAAGGUUCAUGAGGUGGAAGAUGAUGAUAAUCAGAGCUCCCACAGCUCUGGGCAUGGGACUUUGACACAACAGUCUGCUGAAUCCAAAACAAUCGAGUUACUUGCUCGUGAGAAUGCAAUGCUGCGUCAACAGCAACAACAGCAGCAACAGCAGCAGCAGCAGCAGCAGCAGCAGCAACAACAACAGCAACAAUAUCAAAACUCUCGAAUUCGACCAAGGGCAUCGACUACAUACGGUCUGGGCAACGGCUACAGCGUCCAUGAUCCAGUUCCAGAGGAAUCCGACUUUGCGGUGGACGAGCUCGAUGAAGUUGGCGAAGGACAUGAUGCAGCAGCAAGAGCGAAACGUGCCAUGAGUCGACGCAUGAGCGAGUACGGUGCCGGCGCUUUCGGUAAUCGUUCCCCGCUUUAUCCGGUUGAGAACCGCAAGCUCGAAAAUGUGAAGAAGGCAUUCUGGCAAAGCUCCCUGGGCUUCGGUGGCCUAGGCGACAUCCCACAGAGCCGCAGGCAUUCGUUUGCCGAUGUACCUACGCGUCAAGGUUCCAUCAGCUCGAUCGGAGAGGCCCCGUCGUUGCAUGAGGUGAACUCUCCUGAGAUGAUGACUUCUCAUGAUUUCGGGGGCUUUUCCGAGGCGCCGAAUUUCAAUGCCGCAAAUCCAUUGUCGUACUUCACCCCUGGGGGAAACCAUCCGAGUGCACAGCAAGCCAUUGCAUCGUCGGCUUACGCUAACCCCUACGCGUCGUAUGGAAUACCUGCUGCCCUGUCGAACCGUGCACCCUCCCCACAUCGCAGUAUGUAUGGGAUGAGCCAGCCGAGACAUAACCAGUUGUUGCACAUCGUCCUCUUCAAAUGCUCUCGAGCCGACGUGUUCUACAUCCAAGAGGGGACUGGUCUUACCGUGAAACCCGGCGACUUGGUCAUUGUCGAGGCUGAUCGGGGCACUGAUCUUGGAACUGUGGAUAGGAGCAACGUUGAUUGGCAAACCGCCAAGGAACUUAAAGAGCACUAUGCCGAAGAACAUUACAAGUGGCUUAUGAUGUACUCUCAGAAUGCAGCUGCUGCCCAAGAAGGCACAGGAGCAGGUUUAAUGGCCGCCUCAAAUGGGAUGCAAGGUGGUGCUAUCGGCGGCAUGGGACCCCCCAGCCAACAUCAUAUGCAGGAACCCAACGCUGGCGAGCUCAAGCCGAAGCUCAUUAAACGUCUCGCGCAAAGCCAUGAGAUUCACAAUCUUCGGGAGAAAGAGGGCAACGAGGCGAAGGCCAAACGCGUCUGCAUGCAGAAGGUGAAGGAGCACGGCCUCAACAUGGAGAUAUUGGAUGCUGAGUUCCAGAUGGAUUGGAAGAAGUUGACAUUUUACUACUUUGCCGAUUCGUACAUCAACUUCAACUCGCUCGUCACGGAUCUGUUCAAGAUCUACAAGACGCGAAUUUGGAUGUCUGCCAUCAACCCUGCUUCGUUCGCCAGUCCAACGCUGGGCCUACAGGCUCCAAGCGGUAUCGGGCCGGGGGCUAUCGGCAUCGGACGAGGCAAUGGAGGUGCACCGAACAACACUGAGCGGCGCCAGAAUCAGCAACAAGAGGGCCAGCCCAGUUACGCUGCAGGUGGCGCCGCAGGUGGUGCUGCAGGACGCCCGUUCCAGUCACCGUUCGGCCAAUCGUUUCCUUCUGACCGAUCGGUCGUAUCCGGCAGUGCAUACCCACCAGCUGGGUUUCCCAUGUCUGCUUAUGGGGCAUUCGGAAUUGGCUCUAGGGCCGGCGGCGUCUCCUAUGUGCCUGGUAUGAUCUCGGGCGUGGAUAAUUACUCGAACGGUUUCCCUCAGGCUACGGACUUCCAGGCAAUGCGAGGCAGAUUCCCGAGCCCGCACGACACUUCCACACCGCAGGAGACCAGUGUUCCAGCAGGGGCGGGCCAGAAUGAGUGGGUGAAUUCCUUCCAGGGCCUGUCGCUCAACUCUCGUUAG